AGUCCAUUUAUCUCCUCAAGGUGCGCGAUGUUUUUUGAUGGACAGGAGGAGGACAGUGCUCUCUCAACCCUGUGUUUAUGACCAGUCAGCACAGUGACUCCCACACAUGCCAUAGAUGUCCUUCUCUUAGCUCAAUGAGCUAACUUUGUUUCUCCUCAUCACCCCUGUUAUCCUUCCACGUUUCCCUCUCUCAUGCUUCUUGCACUGUCUUCACUCCAUCUCUCUUCUCUUCUGUCUCUUGUCCAUCAUCCUUUGACUUUCCAAUCCUCCCUUCCUCUGUCACUCCUGCUCUUUGUCGGAUGUCAUAAUGGUGUGCUGCGGUCGAGUGCUGGACUCUCCCUGCACUCUGGCUCUGUUAGUGGGCUUCCAGUUCGCGUUUGUCCUCUACUUCUCCCUGGGAGGCUUUCGUGGCCUAGUGUCUGUUUUGAUUCAUUCUACCGAGCCUGAGAUCGACUACUCUCGACCACAUGAUGUCUACACCAACCUCACCUCUCUGGUGCUCCACCAUCCAGGACCCAGUGGACCAGAACAGCAGCUCAGGGACUGUAUACUGCCCUCUCCACUGCUGGUGGGUCCUGUUUCUGUCCACCUCUCAUCACCCCCCUCCCUGGAGAAGAUAAAAGAGAAGAACCCCUUGGUGACCUUAGGGGGUCAUUACCGCCCGCCAGACUGUGAGCCACGGCACCACACAGCCAUCGUGGUCCCCUACCGUAACCGCCAGACCCACCUCCGCACCCUCCUCUACCAUCUGCACCCCUUUUUACAGAGGCAGCAGGUCCACUACGGCAUUUAUAUUGUGCAUCAGUCAGGGAACUCCACGUUUAACCGAGCGAAGUUGCUGAAUGUUGGGGUGCAGGAGGCACUGAAAGAGGAGAACUGGAGCUGUAUUUUCCUGCAUGACGUCGAUCUGCUGCCUGAGAAUGACCACAACACCUACACCUGCCACCCCCAGUACCCUACACACCUCUCCAUAGCUAUGGACAAGUUCAGAUACAGGCUUCCAUACUCGCAGUAUUUCGGAGGGGUGUCUGCUGUAACCCCAGAGCAGUACCUCAAAAUGAACGGAUUUCCUAACCAGUACUGGGGCUGGGGAGGAGAGGACGAUGACAUCGCAGCUCGAGUCCGUCUCUCUGGGAUGAAGAUAAUGCGCCCCCCUUUGGCCAUUGGGCAUUAUAAGAUGAUCAAACAUAAAGGAGAUCAGGGCAAUGAGCAGAACCCGAGAAGGUUUGACCUGCUGAAGCGCACAAGGUUGAAUUGGCGCUCCGAUGGACUGAAUUCACUGACUUAUGAGCUCCUGUCCAAAGAGUUGGAGCCAUUGUACACAAAUUUGUCUGUCAACAUUGGGGAUGAUCCACAUCGUCCUCCUGUGAAGGCAGUGGCCCGGAAGUCAGAACCUCAACCUGCUCCAACUCAUAAAAUGAAGACUGAAAAAGUGGGUCAUAAAAUGAAGACUGAAAAAGUGGGUGGGGUCAUCAAUCAUAAUGCAACAAAAGUGGAGGCCAUCCACUUGAAGGCCGGUAAUGAAAGUUCAAAUGUUGCUCAAAAAGCUCCUGUGAACCAGGAGGUGGGAUGAUACCGAUAAUCCAGUAUCACAGACAAUUCACAGGGUGAGUUAUUAAUGGAUAGUGGAGGGAAUAGCAGUUUGCUCUUUAUUUUAUAUCGUGAAGCAUUGCUACUCUAGGAAAAUAAGUUAAUUCCACUGAAACGGUUCGGACGCCUCUGAAUGUUGUUCAGCUGCUGAUAGGGUGACAUUUGCACAAGCCUGAAGAUCUCGUUUCACUGUAGAAGUUGUAUCAGAGUGGGCCGAGUUGUAAACACUCUCGAAAGUGACGUACCUGUGCAAGUCCUGUGUGUUUUUGAGACGACCUGCUGCCAGCUGCUGCUCUUCACCCCACUGUGUGUGUGGGUCUGUUUUUCUGUGCCUUUUCUUGCCCUUGGACCAGUCUCUUAUCAACAUGCCAUGACUCAGUCGAAAGCAUUAUUACUGCACACCAGUUAUUGAUACUACAGCUGAAUGCUUAUUUAUUUUCUCUUCUUUUAAUAUCUAAUCAGCACACACUGCUUUGUGAUCUAGUGCUUGAGCAGACAUGCAUCACUGUGGUCUAUUUUUGGUCUUACUGUACAAAUUUAGAAAGGUGUGAUCUUUGAUAGUGAGCACUGGCUUAUUUUCUAUUUUAGCAGCUCAGAUGUCUUAAUAAUUUUAUGAUGCAGUGUAAAAGAGUUUAAUUAUUUAAGGUAUUGUGUGGUGUUGGAUUCCAUUUUGGUUGUAGACAAUCAUUGGGAUAAGCAUUUUAAAUGACGCAAAUAUUUAUUUCAGAUCUUUAUAGACUUCUAUUAUUUGAAUUCUGGAAUAUGUUUCUGUUAAAUGAAAUAGAUUUGAUGGUUUAGGGUUGAAGGUGUGACUUGAGUCUAAGAUAUUUGAUAUUUUAAGAUUUUAUAAACAGGAAAUGUAGAAUUUUAUGGUUAGUUAUAGCAAGAAUAAAUGUUAUUUGUUAGUCAAAAAUAUUGGUUGUAUCACCAUUAUGGCACUUUAUGUAUUAAAUAUAAUCCUUGAGUAUAAGCUACAUUUAAAGAACAAAGAUAUCAGCGACA